UCAGCCUCUGUAUCCGGAAGUGAACGGUCCCGUGAUGUCAGCUAUCCCAGCAUAGCUUCAGUCCCGUUCGCUCGUCACAAGUUACUCUUCGUCUCCUGUCAGUCAACACCGGAGGAGGAUAUUCCUUUUUUGCCGGUAGGCGAACAAUGUCGGACCCUUUUUUUUUUUUUUUUCAACUUUCCUACAAGCGAGUGAAAGUGCUCACAUGACAUGACGGGUUAGCCGCACAAGCUAGCAGGCUAGUUUGGAACAUUCCAGUGGCGGUCAUGUCUCGCUUUGUGUUGCAGCAACUGGCGAAUUUCGUGGAUUAUACCAACAAAAGCGAGACUUUGAACGCCACCGAUGACGUCCGCCUGAGCCCCGACGGACGUCACGUUCAUGUCAUCCUCAGCGAGCCGAAGGUUAGUCUUGUGACUCUGGACAAGUAUGACAGACCUCAGCUGGUCCACAACCAGAGGACGUUGGAUUUAUGUUCGACAAGACUUGUGCCUAUUGUUGAUGUUUUAUAUUUGGACAACAAUGACAGCGGCAAAGGGGACUUUGUGUCUGCCGCCGUGGUUUACGAGAACGGAAAAGCGGAGUUUUGGAAGUUCCAUGAGGGCGAAGGAGGCUGGAGUCUAAUGCAGACAUCCGACUUGUGCAACAGUCCCCGGGCCAAAGUGGUGUCGGUCUGCGUCUGCUCCGACCUCAUCAUCUGGUGUGAGGAGCGGCCGCCCUCGGAGAGUACCCCCGGACUCGCCUCUGCCAGGGGUAAGUUGAGGCACUGUGUCUGCAGGCGGGACUACCAGCUGCAAAAGGGGUCUGUCAUCCUAGGAGGGGUGAGGAUCUCCCUCCACAACAACCCUAAAUUCACCGUGAUGGCCUCAGGGGAGUAUGUGCACCUUCUUCCCGCCUCUCCUCUGGGAAAAUUCUUCCUGUCCUGGUGCCCUCGCCGGGACUCCUUCCGGGUCGGCGCCACGUGCAGAGCCACCCCCGUCAAAAAGGACUCGGCCACGGAGUCCGAUUUCCGGAAGCUGAUCGCGGACUGUUUAGGGUAUCUGUCGGCGCUGGACGCGCCCGAGAUCUGCGACGUCUCUCCUGCGGCUUGUGGAGGUCUGCUGAUGCUUCUCGACACGGGCUGGGUGUGUCUCCUGCAGAAAGACGGGACGCUGCGACGCGUUCACAAGCUGGCGGAGAACGACCGGACGCGGACCAGCAUCUGCACAUUCGAGGACACGUUGCUGAUUCUAGUGGGUCAAAACCUGCAUCUUCUAGACUUGGGGUGUGGGAGGGAGCUGGAAACCAUAACACUAAAAAGUGAGGGGGUUUUGUUUGCUAAUCAGGCUGACGGACCGCCUCACUUGUUCUCAAAAACUGGACUUUAUAAAGUGUCGCGACAAGACCUAAAAGUGAAGUCCGCGGCGGAGAACAUCCGCCCCGGCGCGCUCCUGGUGGAGGCCGUGUUCGAGGAGGCCUGCAAGUACUACCAGCAGAGGAGCUUGAGUCGCACCCGGCUGACUGUGGACGCGCUGAAGAAAGGAGGCAAGUUCCAGGCUCCCAUCUCUUUAGCGUCCAUCCUCAGGGACUUCCUCAGCUCGGGGCCCAAGCAGAAAGCGGCGGAAGCGUCGCAAAAUGGAGGAUGUGCGGCGGGGCAAGACAAGCUGCAAGUCUCCCUGGAGCCUGAGCUGAAGGCCCUGGUCGCCGUGGAAGAGCUGAAGGGGAGUUUGGUCGGGAGCACCGAGGACGAGGUGGAGGCUCUUUGCGAGAGUUUGGUGGAGAAGGAAGUGAGCCGGCUGCUGUCCACUUCUGAGCUGGAUCACGACGAGCUGCUCUACCUCAACUCCAUCUUUAACCUUUUCCCCUGCCAGGCGUGGAGGGCGGCCCAAGCCGCUCUCCAGCUGCACUGCAACGGGGAGGCCUCCCUGUCCAGCCGGGCCCCUCCAGAUGUGUGGAAAAGCGUCCUCAGUCCGCCCCCGAGCGUGCCUGCCUCGCUGGCGCUGGCGAACGGCAGCUCCAAGCACAGGUACAGCCCGGCCAAAGCGGACCACAACGCAAACUGCACGUCCAAAUCCACCAGCGCCACCCUGCCCGUCUUUGAGCUUCUCUGCCAUUCAGUUUUACGCUUCCAGCCCGCCUGGCUGCCCAGGUUCCUGGAGCUGGGCCAGCAGCAGCAGGGCUCGGCCGGGCUGGGCCUGAGCCUGGCCGCCUCCUCCUGGAGCGAGAACAACGUGCCGCUCUACAAGCGCGCCCUGGCCGUCCUGUCCUCUGCACGGAAGGAGAGCGACCAGCCCCAAGACCUGGAGGUGGAAUUGCUGAUGGCCAGCGGGCGGCCCAACGCCAUCCUCCAGGCGCUGAGGAUCCUGAUCGGGCGGCAGCAGUGGGAGCGGGUCACCCAAAUGGCUCAGAAGUUCUGCAAGCAGAGCCCACUGCUCAAUAAAGAGAUCUUCACCACUCUGCUGUGUGAGGUGGCACAGCACCGAGACCUGGACCCUUACCUGGACCUGCUGUGGGCCCUCUGCCCCGAGGACCUCACCGUCACCACCAUUCUGAACCUGGUGCUGAAAAACCUCCCUCUGCCCAGCACCCCCCAGCCCCUGCCCAUGUCCCUCACCUCCAGCCCCUCCCCUGCUCCCUUCGCCGACCCCCAGAGUGGUCACCUGACCAUCGGGCUCCUGAAACCCCUGCUGAGGAAAGUUCUGCAGAGGGAAACCAAACCCAGCCAGCGUUACGCCGACAUCCUCCAGUCGCCGUCCUUCCCGCCCCCGGCCCCGCCCCGCUUGCCCACGGAACAUUCCAGAACCGCCUCCCCUGAUGGUUCCUCCACCUGCUGACUUGAUGGUAAUGUCACAUGACUACUGGACCUUUAAAACAACUACUGACAAUAUUAGCAGUGUAAAUAUUGCCUCUAAUUUGACAUUGUACAUAAUAACCAGCCUUAUUUAUACCUUCCAUUAGCUUGAUGUGUUACAUACAGUAUUUAUUGUACAGUAGCUUACCCUUGGUGUUAAAAAUACAAAUAACUUACAUAUUUAUUUACUUGAUGCCCAUAAAACCACCCUACAAUUUAUUGCCACCGCCUGGGAUGGAAAUUCAACUAAAUUCCUGUAAUUAUAGUUAGUAAUGAAAUUAUUAUAAAAUGUAAAAAAAAAACAUACAGUACAGGCCAAAAGUUUGGACACACCUUUUCCUCAUUCAAUGUGUUUUCUUUAUUUUCAUGACUAUUUACAUUACAUUGAAGGCAUCACAACUAUGAAUGAACACAUGUGGCGUUAUGUACUUAACAAAAAAUAACUGAAUAAAAAUAACUGAAAACAUGUUUUAUAUUCUAGUUUCUUCAAAAUAGCCACCCUUUGCUCUGAUUACUGCUUUGCACACUCUUGGCAUUCUCUCGAGGAGCUUCUAGCACACCUGUGAAGUGGAAAACCAUGUCAGGUGACUACCUCUUGAAGCUCAUCGAGAGAAUGCCAAGAGUGUGCCAAAAAGUAAUCAGCGCAAAGGGUGGUUAUCAGAAGAAACUAGAACAUCAAACAUGUUUUCAGUUAUUUCACCUUUUCUUGUAUUCAUUCAUAGUUGUGAUGCCUUCAGUGACAAUCUACAAUGUAAAUAGUCAUGAAAAUAAAGAAAACACAUUGAAAUGAGAAGGUGUGUUCAAACUUUUGGCCCGUACUGUAUAUAUAUUGAAAAUAAUAUAAUAAAACAAUACUUUUUUAUACUAAUAUGUUGCAAAAAGGAGUCAUUAAUUCUGAAUAUUGAUACAGUAAUGGAUUAUUAUGCCCUUACAUUAGAGCACCGCCUGUUGCUUGAAAGCAUUUACAUAUAGUACAGGCCAAAAGUUUGGACACACCUUCUCCUCAUUCAAUGCGUUUUCUUUAUUUUCAUGACUAUUUACAUUGUAGAUUGUCACUGAAGGCAUCAAAACUAUGAAUGAACACAUGUGGAGUUAUGUACUUAACAAAAAAAGGGGAAAUAACUGAAAAUAUGUUUUAUAUUCUAGUUUCUUCAAAAUAGCCACCCUUUGCUCUGAUUACUGUUUUGCACACUCUUGGCAUUCUCUCGAUGAGCUUCAAGAGGUAGUCACUUGACAUGGUUUUCACUUCACAGGUGUCAUAGUUGUGAUGCCUUCAGUGACAAUCUACAAUGUAAAUAGUCAUGAAAAUAAAGAAAACACAUUGAAAUGAGAAGGUGUGUCCAAACAUCUGGCCUGUACUGUAUUUUUUUUAUAAUAGCAAGUGUUUGUGGUAUUUUUUUAAGGCCCAAACUUAUUUAAUUUUGUCGUAUUUUUACACUGGAACGUGUGUUUAUGUGGACGUCUUUUGCUUUUGCAAUGACUGAUAAAGGACACGUCUGUCCCUUUUUGGGCUGCAUGCUCGCGUCCAAUCCUGCCCUCGUGUUUCCCAGCAACAUGUCCUCACAAGACAUUCCUGGCCAGACUUGCCAAGCAAACUUUAAAUUCAAUUUGGGAGAAAUUCCGGUGUUGGGCACCAGGGGGAGUAACCAUAUGGAAAGUUCAUAUCGCGGUAAUUACGACCAAAAGGAGCGCAUUACUGUUUAAUGUGCUGAAAAAGCACUUCUACACACCCUGAAAUCUUUUAACAAAGGAAUUGACAUGAAUAUUUAAACAGACACAAUAUAUUUUCCUUGGCAGACGAAACGUUAAAUAUUUUUUCUGUUUUUUAAGAGCUAUAAUAUUUGAAUGUUUAGAUAUGUUAGUUCUUCUGUACAUUUUUUGGAAUGUUGCCUAUCAUUCACAAUCCUUCGUAAGACAAGAACAUGUUUUUUUGUUAGUUUUUUCAUUCUAAAGAUUAAAAAAAACGCUUGCGAUGCAGCUAAUGGGAGUAUCCUACCUAUGUAGCCUUCAAAGCCCACUUAAGCGACUUCAAAAACCCUCCAUCAAUGUUUUAUAUACACCAGUGGUUCUUAACCUUGUUGGAGGUACCAAACCCCACCAGUUUCAUAUGCGCAUUUACCGAACCCUUCUUUAGUGACAAAUAAAAACUUUUUUUUUUUUCAAAUUCAAGACAGAGUUGUAUGUUUUUGGUAACACUAGUAUGGGGAACAUAUUCUAAGUAAUAAAGACUUAAUUUAGAGUUAUUUGGUUAGGGUUAGGGCCAGGGUUAGGGUUAUAAUAAGGCCAUGCCGAAUAAGGCUUUAAUAAGUACUUAAUAAUGACUAGUUAAGAGCCAAUAUGUUACUAAUUUGCAUGUUAAUAAGCAACUAAUUAAAGGUGAAUAUGUUCCCCAUACUAAAGUGUUACCAUGUUUUUUUACGGGUGCACAAAAUGAACCGUGCAUGAACAUUACCUUGUUCAAACAACAAAACCAACACAGUGCAUAAACUCACAACUAAUUACACACCUACAAAUCAGUCAGCUGUUGCCGUAUCCGUAACACGCCGAUAGGAAGAAGUUUUUAUUUACACGAUGAGUCGGGUGUGUUUUGACCUGCGCCGAACCCCUGAGGCCGACUCACCGAACCCCUAGGGUUCGAUCGAAGCCAGGUUAAGAACCACUGAUAUACACAGUGCAAGUCUAUAUAUAAUGUAGUAACAAUAACACUAUGUAAUAUGUACAAUAUUCCCUUUAUUUUGGUCAUUACCAGAAAGCCAGCUAGAACUAGCCUAUUAUGACAAAUUAGAAGGCAAAAAAACAUGUUCCUGUCUCUCAUAAGGAUUGUAAACAAUAGGCAAAAUUCCCCCCAAAAAUGCAGUUUUUUAAUGCUAAAACGGCGUGUUUUGGUUUAUGUGACAACUUGCAUUCAUGUUAGCAUCAGCGCUGACUGAUAGCUAAGGAUUAGCGACACUUUAGGCGUUAGCUGCUAGCUAGAGGUUAGCGCCGCUAGCUCGAAAAGCUAACGGCUCGCUUUGCUUCUCGGGGAAAUAAGCAGUAUUACCAGUCCAUGAGUUUAUCAAUCACGGUUUAACAAUCAUUUAAACUUGACUACCGUAUUUUUCGGAGUAUAAGUCGCACCGGCCGAAAAUGCAUAAUAAAGAAGGAAAACAAACAUAUAUAGGUCGCACUGGAGUAUAAGUCGCAUUUUUGGGGGAAAUUUAUUUGAUAAAACCCAACAACAAGAAUAGACAUUUGAAAGGCAAUUUAAAAUAAAGAAUAGUGAACAACAGGCUGAAUAAGUGUACAUUAUAUGAGGCAUAAAUAACCAACUGAGAACGUGCCUGGUAUGUUAACGUAACAUAUUAUGGUAAGAGUCAUUCAAAUAACUAUAACAUAUAGAACAUGCUAUACGUUUACCAAACAAUCUGUCACUCCUAAUCGCUAAAUCCCACGAAAUCUUAUACGUCUAGUCUCUUACGUGAAUGAGCUAAAUAAUAUUAUUUGAUAUUUUACGGUAAUGUGUUAAUAAUUUCACACAUAAGUAGCUCCUGAGUAUAAGUCGCACCCCCGGCCAAACUAUGAAAAAAACUGAGACUUAUAGUCCGAAAAAUACGGUAAUCAUCAAGAGUUAGCGUUAAUACACGUUUCCUACUGUCACGUCCUCUCCUCGCUGUCUAUUCAACUACUUUUGUUAUCACCUCAGUCUUGUUCCCUCAACUUUGGAACUUGUUUUCAUGUUUAUUGCAGCCUGACAAUGGUAUUGCUCUUUUUAUGGCCUCCAUCUAACUGACCUCAUUGUCACCUUUCUGGCACCAAGCAGAUGAAAUUGUGCCUUAACGCGCAAAGAAAGACACUUUUCAUGAGAGUGAAUACGAAUCCCAAAUGUUCCACACUGUAACGUUUGCCAUGAAGACAGCAGUAUUUAUGAGUGGAUGUCAUCGCUAUUAAAGUGUGAUGAAGCUUCAA